GGCCGUGUAAGCCGUGGAAUGGGAGCCGUGUACUGUAAUGGAGGCCGUGUAAGCCGUGGAAUGGGAGCCGUGUACUGUAAUGGAGGCCGUGUAUAGCCGUGGAAUGGGAGCCGUGUACUGUAAUGGAGGCCAUGUAAGCCGUAGUUCUACAAGAAAACCAAAUUAAUACAAUAAUAAAUAUUGGAACCUACAUUUAUGAGGUGACAUGAAAAGCACAUGAAAAUGAACUGAGAUACAUGUAAUAAUCUUCCCCAGUAUCAACUAAAUUAUCUAACAAGCUGAGAGAUUAGAUAAGCUAUUAUAAGCCCCAAAUUACACUAAAUUAACCAGCAAUAAUGAUUAAAUACGAUGGCAUAAUCCUUAGUUAAAAGAUCAAUAAAAUGUACGUACAUGUACCCAUAUAACAUGUGAUGAAAUCCACGUUAUUUAUCCAUUACAAAACCCCCACAAAAUAUCCCUUAAAAUCAUCUAUAAAUCUACUCACUUUUAGUAUCUACGCACGGCCGCUGAUAGACGGCAUACAGAUGAUUAGGAAAAUUGGGUUUAACCUGGGAUUUUACAUUCGAUUGAAGGAAUAAUUGAGAGAUUUAUCGGAAUGAUUUGAGGACAAAUGUAACUAAAAUUGGAAUCACGUUGGAAUUUUCUAGAUUCAUAAUCACGACAGGGCGCUAUACCAGUUUAACGCUCAGACACUUUCGUACACAAAUGGAACACGGUUUUCCCUUUUAACUUCUUCCUCUACUCACACUCUGAAAUUAUCACAAUGUGAUUGGGUUUUUUUUGGUAAUGAUUACAUAGUUUGGUAUGCCCAUUCAGGGUGUAACUUUGUUCCUAGUUUGUUUUAAUACAUUCAAGUGAUUCAACCACUACCUACUACCUUGAGAAAUACUUCCUGUGUCUUCUUUUCGACUAAAGGAACAAAGUCAAUCUUUUGAAUUUAUAAAGUAGCCAGACACCCAUUUUGGGGGUAGUUCCUUAACAUCCUUCGCUGCAUGAAUACCGGUAUGUACAUUUAAACCUUAGUCAUGCAUCAAUGCAUUAUCUUAUCUUCUGCCCUGGAUGGUGUUGGAGGGAGGGGCUAAUAAGAGCUAAAUCUAGGCCAAAUCUUCCGUAAGUAAGCAUUGCCGGGGCAACGAUAUUCCAGUACAAUGCAUGUAAUUAAUUGCCCUGGCAACCUGCCUCUAGCAGAUUGACUCUGUUCUCUUUACACAUCAAUUGUUUACAUCGGCGAGUGACGUUCCUGUCAACUAAGGCCGUUACGGAUGGCUUAUCACAUUUUAUUGAUGAUUAUAGAGUGGCUCUCACUCUUUCUCUCUCUGCGUGUACAUGAUUAAUAGGCUGUAAUCAGCCACCAUGAAUCUUGCCUCCACAAGACAAACUUACUUGUCUCUGUUUCUGUUAAAUUGAGAAGUGAGGCUGAAAGUUAGUGGUGCCAGACAAAGGUUGCCAGUGGAAAUCAAAUGGACUUGUGGCAAAGCGGAACCGAGGAACAUACCUGUUUUUUGUUUUACUUGAAACUGAUCUUCAGUUUUCAUCCGAAACACCGGAGUCGUUCAUGCAACAAAUACCUUUUCAUGCUUAUUGCGUACGUCUCAGUUCAGCAGAAAUUAUGACAAGACAGCGACAGGAAUAGAACUAGUAAUUGCAAGCUUCGUAUCCAGACUGCCAUUUUUUUCUGUGGCAGUAGUCUGCAUGCUAAACUGGCGGAGUAAAACAUAUUUGAGAGGUGAAACAAGAAGAUUGGCAUUGCAACCAUGCCUAGGGGUCCUGCUCUAAUGUUGAUUAGCGUUCUGGUUUUGGUGUGCAUCGCAAGUGGUUCCAGUUUGGACAUGCACGAUAAAGGUUGCCCACAGAACUGGGUUCGUCACCACCAAUCAUGCUACACCAUGUACGCCCACAGCCUUUAUGACUGGGACCAAGCACGGCUAGUCUGUCAGCAGCAGGGCGGGCACUUAGCCGUGCCCAACUCCCCAGGAGAGAAUGACUUCAUGUGGAGAAUGCUCAACGAUGCUAUCGAAAGGAGCAACCCAAACCGCAUCAUUUGGCUGGGCUGCACAUACAUGUCAGAUAAUGGUCGGGUGGAGUGUAUUGGGGAAGAAAAGAGCGAGUAUAACAACCUCAAUCCGGGGAACCACUUGACCCAGCCCGGCUGUUUCGUGUUGAAGUACCGUUUAGGAGUGUGGGAUCUGUACAACUGCACCGGCGGGAGGCCCUUCAUAUGUGAGCGCACCAGGUGCCGCACCCCUACCCGCUGCCAGGCCGUCCCCCGUAUGGACUCAAGUCCUCAUGCCCAGCCCCGCUGUCUGCUCGGCCACGCCUUCAAGGAAACCGUCAUGACCAGCCCGGUGCAGUGUUGCUUGGCAUGCUCAGUGGACCCCAAGUGCCGUUCCUUCAAUCUGUCGGGCAGGAUGUGCCAACUCAACAACAUCACCGCGUCGGAAGUUGAUGCUGACAAGUACUUCAUGCCAUUGGUUGACUGUGCUUACUACGAAUACAUCUGAGAUAACAAGUGACUUGUCUGAACAAUAUUUAGGAUUUGACAGUGUCCGGUAAACCUUCAACAGUUGAGAUAGUGCUCUGUGAUCUACUCGGGGUACUCACCAGUGUAUUUAUUGAGUAUUAUUUAGUGAAUAUAGACAGUGCCUUGUAGAGUCCGGCAUCACCAAGCAGGAACCCUAGAUUGUUUUGUGUGGCUUAGUUAUGACAGCUAAUGACUAGCACAUCUCUAGUGUGCAUUGGUUCACAAGUGCGAAAGGAAGGAAUUGUGCCAUCUUUGCAUGAGAACGUUACACCUUAGCAUUCGUUUACUAAGGACAAAACGCUAUGAAGUAUUUGACAAUGAAAGCAAUGUUUUGUAUCUACUGCUAAGAGCAUAAAUUUGCAAUUUUUUUCAUAUCUGUAAAUUCUAAAGGGCACCUGUAAGCUCAUAUUUUACUCAUUUGUGACUGUAACUCAAGCUCCUUAAACAAGUAAACUUUGAAAGCUGUCACAGAACAAGUCUGUGUAUUCGUUGCAAUUAACUUGGUGCCCUGAGUUCAUCAGAAUCCACCAGUGAGUCCAU